UUUUCACAGAAUCAGCUAUACAAUGUCGUUUCAAACGUAGACGAUUACUACUUGUUUGUUCCUUAUUGUAUUCAUUCGAAGGUGUACAGUACACGAAAACUCAAUGACAUUACAAGCGUAAUGCAGGCUGAGUUAGGUGUUGGCUUUAAGCUAUUUAAGGAGAAAUACAUGUCUGAAGUUACGUGUCAAAAGCCUAGUCUUGUAAAGGCAGUUGCAGCUGACGCUAGCUUAUUCAAUGAUAUGGUUACAACUUGGAGAUUGACACCCAAUCUACCAAAAUCAAGGCUAAACACACCAGAUGCAGCUAAUCACCCUACUUGCUGGAUUGACUUUGACAUUAUGUUUCAAUUUGCCUCACCAGUACAUGCACAGGCGUCCUCUGUAUUUUUCGAUCAAGUGUCACGGAUGACUUUACAGGCUUUCAUAGAUAGAUGUCAUGCUGUUUACAAGAAAUAA